AGUUGGCGGAGCUACGACGUCUAUGUUUAUUUAUUUAACGGUGUUUUUGCAAGUGACGUACUGGGAAAACGACAACAAGAUUUGUUUUUAUUUUUUACCCUCUAAACCCCAAAUGAAAAGCCAGUAUCUUCGUAAUCUUUCUGUAAAAUAGCAGCUGCUUCCCCAGGAGACCCUUCUUGGUGGUUCUUAGGGUGCGUCGACACCAGCAGCCUGCUUCAUCCUGGCAGGCAUGUCCGUGAUGACCUUGACCCGGUGUCCUGCUGUGUCUUCUGCCGAGAUGAAGGAGUCCCUAUUGGGAGCAUGGUGGGAAAUUUGGCACUUUGCAGGACAGAGGGACCAUUUAUGUGCCGCGUGAAUGUGUCGACCCCUCUGGAGAAAUUGCAUGCCGGGACGGUGGGACUGGGUGAACCUAAUUACAUCACUGUGGAGUUCCUCUGCGGGACCUCUGAGGGUCAAAGUUCACACCAGGUCAACGUGUCAGAUGACGGUUCCUUUGCAGUUUCAUAUAAACGGAUUAUGCAAGCCUCAGUCAAACAUGAAAUCACAACAGUCCCCGAGCCCAUUUCCAGGCGGCCCUCCCCCCCGAGCCUCCGCGUCCUGGCGCCGUCGGAGACCUCUUUGCUUCACGGAACCCCCCUCCCACAGUCCCAAAGCGGGACGGUGCGGGCUGCCAAUGUGGGGGAUCCCAUCACACUGCGAGCGGACGUGGCUGACGGGCCGGCAGCGCAGUUGUGCUGGUUGUUUAGUCACAGAGAGGGGGACAAGAAGGUGGGGGUCGAGAGGACUCGUGAGGGCCUGAAUAGCAGCCUGGUAUGGACCUUCUUAAGCAGAGGAGUUCGCAUCGUGACAGUGAGUGCUUUCAAUGAAUGUGGAUGGACACAAAAGAGAAUCAACAGUGCGUUUGUGUGUCCUGCAUUUGCUGACCUUCAAGUCACCGUUCCCAAAAUGAUUGACAGAUCUGUGAGCAUUUUUACAGCAAGGCAAACCUACCCCACCAAUACGGAUGUGACCUUCCUGGCUUUGACUGACCUGCCUGAGCCUCUGGACUUUCUCUGGAAUUUUGGAGACUCCACAACCACCAGAACCAGUAGCAGGAACGUCACCAAAAGAUACUACACUCCUGGAAAGUACAACAUAACGGUGGUGAUGUCUGAUGGUCGCAUCUCCCUCACCUCCGGGUCGUUGUCCAUCCUAAUCCAAAGAGCAGUGAAGCUCAACAAGCUAUACCACCAGGCCUCCAUUCUUCGAAACCAGACCACCACGGUGAGUUGCAGAGUCAAUUCCGGCUCUGACGUUACCUUCCUGUGGAACUUCGGCGAUGGGACGACAAGGGCGGGACAAAGUACUGAACAGCACGUUUUUCUCAGGACUGGGGAGUUCCUAAUCGAAGUGACCGUGUCCAACCGGGUCAGUCGUGCCUCCCUGAGUAGCGUCAUUUUUGUAUUAGACCAUCCAUGUCAGCCUCCACCUGUCAAGAACAUGGGCCCUCUCAAACUACAGGUGCGAAGACGCGAUAUCAUCCAUUUGGGGGUGUCCUACGAGGCUGACAUCCAAUGUGACACAUCGAGGGGCCUCCAUUACACAUGGACGUUGUUUGACUCAGCAGCCCACGUUUUGCUUCUUCCUGAUGCUCACAAGCAGAGCCUCGUACUGCCGGGACAUCUCCUGCACUAUGACACCUACACCGCCAUGGCCAGAGUGAAGAUAGUUGGAAGUGUGGUGUACAGUAACUACAGUUUGAGAGUUCAAGUGAUUCCCAGCCCUCCUGUGGCUUCCAUCCAGGGCGGCACCAAUAUCUUCAUUAACAACAGGAACAACGCUAUGGUAACACUUGAUGGAGGGCAUUCCUACAAUCCUGACUUUCCUCUUGAGCCCUUCAGCUUCAAAUGGAUGUGUGAACCAGUUAGCUCCAUCAAGAGUUCCUGCUUCGAUCAUGACGUUCCUGCUUACUCUGCUUUGCUCACCUUUCCCGUGAGCUUCCUCAAACCACAUUUUGACCAGUUCCAUUUCACGCUCACCGUCCACAGUGGAGAGCUUUCUGCUUCGACGCAAGCUUUUGUCACACUAACGCCAAAUGUCAUCGGUCGGCUAGCCGUAUCAUGUCUUGAAUGUGAAGGAGACCAAGUCAACAGUGAUCAGCCUAUCUCAGUCAAAGCUAUUUGUGAGGUUCCUUCAAACCAGACCCAGUACACCUGGACUUUGUACUUGGUUAAUGCUUCAUCCAAACCUGUGGUUGAAGUCCCAUUUUGUGAUACAGUUGACCUAAGUGCCCCAACCACCAUCAAAGAAACAACAUCCACGUCACUCUCAGAACUUCAUCCACAUCGUCUAAAUGCUUUGGGGGAGAGGGAAAUUGAAAGUCAAAUUUCUAUUGAUUACGACUCCUCUGCGGACUGGGAGAGUGCUGACGUGAUAGAUGGACAAGAUGCCGAUAUUCCCUUGCCGAUCGCGGAGGAGGGCGAUCCAGGAAUUUCAGCAGGGAGACCAACAGAUCUGGAUGUUCAGACCUUGAGUCUAGCAGACGAUCUGUCAUUCAACCCAGAGUCACAUGACUCUGAGGGAAGUGAUCUGUUUGAGGCCAGGCCCAGGCAGGUCAUUCCAAAGCAAACUUUGAUCGACCUCCCUCGAGACCCAAUAGAGGCGGGGGUGUUUGCGUCUUACACCUACACAGGACUUUCCUCUCCGUUGCUCAGCUUCAAACCUUAUAGUCUCAAGCCUGGCAGCUUGUACAUGCUGGAGGUGAUGGCUAAAUCUCAAAAUAGUAUUUUGGGACGCACUCAACUAUUUUUUCGAACAAAGCCCAUUCCGAAAGGAAUGACAUGCCAGGUGCAACCAAGUCAAGGGGUGGAGUUGUUCACACACUUUAGCAUCUUCUGCACCUCAGGGAGAGAGGACUUACUGUACGAGUACAGCUUCAGUGUCGGGAGUGAAGAUCCCAGGAUGUUGUACCGUGGGAGAAACUUCCAGUACUACUUCAGCCUUCCCUCUGGACACCCCAUUGAUGACUAUAAAGUAACUGUGUACAUAAAAAUCCGAAGCAGCGUGUACGGAUCGGCCACUCAACUUUGCCCGGUAACUGUCCAAGUCCGUCCCGGUUUCUUCAGAGAUGUUCCAUCUCACAAUCCUGAUGUGGCGUUAUCCCAAUCAGGACUGAAGAACCUCUCCGCAUUGAUCCCGCUUGGGAACAGUGUCGAGAUUUGCAACUAUGUCAGCGUGUUGACCGGCAUCCUGAAUAGACUCAGCUUGGACAGUCGGGCGGAUCAGCACACUCAGGGUCAUAUGCGGAAUGUGCUCAUCUGCACUAUGUGCCAGCUGGAAAGUAGUGAACAGGACGCAAUGAUGGACAAGUUAGGCAUUCUCAGAGAUCUUUUACAAGUUAAAAGACAAGUAACGUUAGCGAGUGCCAGGCAAGUGGUUGCCCAUGUGAAGGCCAUCUCAGGGCAGCUCUUCCGACCCAGUGCACAAAAACGCCGCCAGUUGGACCAGAAGACGCUUAACACUCUGCUCGCCGUGUUGUCGUACAGCCUGGAGGCCGCUGUCACAACUGAAUCAUCUACAGAUGUUACAUGUAAGGUGGCAUCAAACCCACAAGAUGGAGUCAAUACAGGAAAGGACAUUACGGAUUCAUCCGGUGAUGAUUCGCAAACAAGUAGGUCACGGCAACUCGUGGAAAACAUUCUACAGACGGCUUCCGACCUGAUGCUGAAACACACAUUGUUGAGCAAAAUCCAAGAGCACAAGAUCAGCAGCAACUUCAUUUCUCUCAAUAUCGCUCAACAGAAUUCCUCCGUUGCAGUCAUCAGAAGCGAUUCGGUGAUCUUUCACAUGCCUUCACCCCUGCUCCGUUAUUUCAGAGGAGAGUGUGUGCUCAGCCUUAUUACUGAACUCAAACACUCACCUUGGAUCUGGGCAGCCCAUCCUGGCAAGAUGAGUGGACCAGUGGUUGACUUAACUCUGUAUCAAUGCAGCACGAGGAGAAAAAUCUCACUUCGAUCGUUCGUCCAGCCAAUCUUUGUGGAGAUGAAACCAAGAAAAAAGGAAUCUGCAAAUGAGCAUCUCCUCCUGAGAAAGCGCAUGAACUACCACAGCUUCAACAUAAGCCAGGAGCAUUUACAGCAGGCCAUCCAGUUGACUGUUACCUUCACGCUCCCAUCGAAGCGGCCAUUUCCCGUCAUGCUCCUCUUCAGGAUGUUUGCUAAGCCGGCUCCCAGCAUGCACCACCUGCACAAGCUUCACCUCUGGGAGACCAACAUCACUCGUAUCACUUUGCCACCAUCCUACCUCAAUACUCCAGGGAUUGGCUACCUGGCGUUAUUAAAUGGCGACUUUGGGAAACAAAUCAGACACAAGCACUUGAGCAGCCAGAUCAAUUACACUCUGACGGUGGAGACGAGCCAAUGCUUGUCCUUUGAUGGCCUCAAGAGCGCCUGGACGCCGCUGGGCUGCGGCACACACCAAGCAGACAACACAGAUACUGUCAACUGCAGUUGUCACCAGUUGAGGCCGCUAACUGUGGUGCAAAAGCAGAUUCAGAGUAGCUAUGAAGCAGCUGACCUGGACCGAUUCCUCAGCGAGUCCGCUGAUGUGACCGUCCUGGUUGUCCUGUUGCUGUGCGCGUGUCUGUACGUGCCAGCGUGGGUGGUAUGCAGGAGAGCAGACGUCAUCUCCCAGCAGAAUGGACAAGUCCACUACCUUGACGACAACUGUCGACUGGACCCGCAUCUCUACGCUGUUACCAUCCACACUGGCCUCUGCUCUCCAUACAGGCCUACCGCAAAGGUUUACAUCGCACUCUACGGUGCUAACGGCAACUCACAGACAAGAGAACUAUACGUCCCAGGAUGCACUCUGUUCAGGAGGAACUCACGAGACACCUUCAUACUCAGUGCAGCAGAUCAUCUGGGUCCGGUGUGGGGGGUCCACAUCUGGCACGAUAACUCGGGACCUUCGCCGCAUUUAUACCUCAAACUAGUUGAAGUAUCUGAGGUGGGGCAAGCUAACACGAGGGAGCAAACAUGGCUCUUUGCAAGCCAGCGCUGGUUGUCGGUCAGCAAAGGCGACGGCCAAGUGGAGAGAAUGCUUCGUAUUGGUGGAAUUGGAUUAGCUCAGAUGUUGCGCCUCAUGUUGUGCGACUACCUGGCUGACUUUCACACGUGGAUGUCUGUAUACAGUUGCCCUCGGCCUCACUCCUUCACAUGUACACAAAGACUUAGCGUAUGCCUGCUGCUAUUUGCGGGCUAUGCCGGUGCCAAUGCGCUUAUCAUAUCACAAAUGGAUGACGUGCUGCAUUUGGAGAUGGGAAUUACCGCUGGGUCUUUGACAAUGGCAAUAUUAAGUGUGGCGGCGGGGUUGCCCAUGGCGACAAUGGUAGCGUUCCUGUUUCGAACGCAGGAAUUGAAGCUGACGACACAGACUUUUCAGAAUCCUUGUGAAGUGGACAACACCUUCAGAAAGACAUAUCAGGAUGCAGAAAAGCUGGUCACAAGGAAUGUGAACAACACGGACAGUGAAAUUCAGACAGAAGUUCUCCAGAAGCAGAUGGGGCUUGAAGAAGAGACAUUUUCCAAGGAUGGAAGUGAGGAAGGUAGCUUCCGUCAGGCAGCUUGUUUUAAACAAGGAAGAUUUCUUUGUAUUUUUGACAAGCUAAGUUGGAGGAAAAUGAAACCAACGUGGCUUUGGUGUUACUACUUGGCCUGGGCGCUGUGUCUUCUUCUAUCCUUUGCUGGUCUACUGCUCGCUGCUGUUUUGGGACUCAGGUUCAACAGCAGUAAGCUGCAACUGUGGCUGCAGUCUCUCUUCAUCUCCUUGUUGUUAUGCUUCUUCCUGAUCCAGCCAAUUGCGAUCCUUGCUGCUGCUGUGACUGUCUCCAUCCGGUACAGAAAUAGAACCGACUUUUAUCGUCCCACCAAAAUCAUUUUUAAAGCAGAAGAGCUGAUCAAUUCUGCUUUUCAAUCCGAGAGAUGCUUAGACCUUAAAAAGCUUCUUGGACAGCGCCAGCGAGCGAGAUUUCUCAAUCUAGUGCGUCCACCGAUUGUUGCGGAGCUGAAGCUGACUCGAGCACGCAGAAGACGUGAGGCUUUGAUUCGUAAAACCCUCGGGGAUUUGUGUGUGUUUGUUGCCAUGCUCCUCCUGAUGCUGUGCAUUUCCAACAGCAGCUCAGUCAGUGACCACUACCGCCUCAAUAAAGCUGUCAGAAAACAGAUUAUUGGUAGAAGACAGGAGCCUGCAUUCAUGUCCAUACAGAAAUAUGAAGACUGGCGGAAGUGGAUGCAGAGCAGUCUGCUUAAUUUACUAUAUAAGAAUACCUCUGCUGCAAUGAAGUAUGAUGUCUUCCAACCAUCAUCCAUCUUGAUUGGAGAGCCAGUUGUGUGGAUGACGCAGCUCUGCACAAAAAGAUGUCUGCCCGCACAUGCCAUCGCUACAUGGUGUGCUGGCACUGCGGUUAGACUCGGCCGCACUAAAUCUGACGCUGCGUAUAGACUGAAGGCCCUGCAAUGUGACGGCUGUCCGAUUCUCAAGGUGCAAUUCACUAUGUAUAAUCCUGCACCUGACUUGUUCACCGGUGUGACUCUGCUCGCUGAGCAGAGCUCCGCUGGCACCAUGCUGCCUUCAGCCGCAGUCCACUCGGUGAAGGUUUACCAGUCAGCUACUCAGUGGGACUAUCUGGUCACUAUCUGCCAGCUGCUAUUUCUCUGCCUAUCUCUGCUACAUCUAUGUGUUGAAGUUAGUAGUGCAUGGCAAAAAGGCUUGAAAGGAUACUGCACAGCACCCUAUUCCUGGCUGCAUGUAACUCUCCAAAUAGCAAACUUCAUGCACUUUUAUCACAACAUCUACCGCUCUGUGGAGGCCAUGAAGGUUGUGGAAGUGCUGCAGAGGAACAAUGGCAAAGAGCAUGUGGAUGUCAGCCUGCUGGCUGCGAGGGAUCAACAUAUUCGCUCCCUGCACGGCAUUUUGCUUCUCCUUCUCACUGUAAAAUGUGCGACCACGCUGAAGGUGAACAAGAGGUCUACGACCGCCUUGGCCUGCUUGAUCCCAAACCUUAUGUCAGCUUUCAUCCUGCUGCAGGUUGUACGCUCCCUUCAUGGACUAUUUACCAGCCGGGGCCUGCAUUCUGGAUGUUCCUUCCUGAGCUCUCGAAUCCUCUGUUUAUCCAUCGCUGCUGUGAUGAUGGCUGUCAUAUCCUCAUCAAAUAGGAAAAGGCAACAAAGCAGGAAGCAAGUGUGCACGUGGAUGGAAUUAGGUGGUUACCUCAGGGGCUGGGUUUAUGAGUUCACUGGACGUGAAAGACGGGCAAGGCCUGUCGUGCAGAGCAAGACUUACUACCUGGAGGAAUUUGAAACUUUAGUGGAUGAGCUACUACUCAGACUAAACAGACUGCAGGCCACACUGCCCCCUAUUGACCAUUGUGUCCACAUUGAUGACAGCUCUGGAGCCUCUCUCCAGAAGGAGCCCAGCUCUAAGAACAGUGCAAGAUCUUGCUCAACAGAAUCAGAACCAAGGGUGAUCUGUAGUGGACAAGCAGAGUGUCAUUCAGUCCAAAAUGGUGCUCUGGAAAGGCAAAUUAGCCAUAUAACAAGGACAAGUUGCAGAUGUUUGCUUUGUAAAAAUAUCAAGUGUGGCAAAAGCAUUCAGGCAACACCUACAGAGGUGUUGGUUGAAGCUCUGAUCCACAACGAGCCUUUGUAAGCAUCCCUAAACUUGCACACAGGGACUCAAUAGUUAUGGAUAACUGUGAAAAGGAAUGUAUUUGCAUUAAAUAAAUACAUCUACCUUGAAAUGC